GAACCGCACGCUCUCUCUCAUCCUUUCCCGUCAUGCAGCGCUCUUGCCUGCUCCUCCGUCGAGCCGCCAUGUUGUCGGAGUGAAAGCCCGGGGUGUUAGAGAGAAACUGGGGCCGAAAUCCGCGACCAUCCACCCUCUCCGCCGGCUGUGGUGGAAUGAGCAGUGUGUGUGUGUUGAAGAGGAAAGCAGUGCUCUGGCAGGAUUCAUUCAGCCCCCACCAUAGAACUACAUCUCCCAGCAUGCCCGUGGUGCUGAGCAGCGGAGGACAUGCCCCUCCAACUGGGCAGACCCCUCAGGCCACACCCCCCAGCCAGCAGGGCGUGGCGGGUGCUGGACGUUCCCAGGAUGAUGCCAUGGUAGACUAUUUCUUCCAGCGGCAGCACGGUGAACAGCCCGGCAAACAUCGCUGGCCCACUGGAGACAACAUCCAUGACAGCCAGGUGCGGUCCAUGGAUGAGCUCAACCAUGACUUUCAGGCUCUGGCUCUGGAGGGACGUGCCAUGGGAGAGCAGCUGCUAACUGGUAAGAAAUUCUGGGAGACAGAUGACUCUGGGAAGGAUGGACCUAAAGGGAUCUUUCUGGACCAGUGGAGGGACAGUGCAUGGGGUGCCUCAGAUCACUCGGUGUCUCAGCCAAUCAUGGUGUCUCGUCGGCCAGGGCAGGGUUUCCAUGGCGGUGGUGAAGUGGGGGUGGGCUCGGUGAUGUCACCGCGCUCUGAGAGUGGAGGGCUGGGAGUUAGCAUGGUGGAGUACGUCCUCUCCUCCUCACCGGCUGACAAACUGGAUUCCUGCCUUCGAAAAGGACCCUAUGGGCAGAGGGAUGGAGAAGUAGAGGAGGAGAAGAGGGAGAAGCCGAAGGCGACAUUUGAGGGAGAGAAACUGAAAGAGUUGACAGAAGGUGAAGCUGAUGUAAUUGGCGACGUCAUCAACCCCAAUGGGCUGCCUGUGCAGAACGGCCUCGAUGUCGACGUCAAAGAGUUUGGUCGUCCCCCAGGCAACAUGCCGGCCCCUGGCCCCGAGGGUGACCUGCUUGGAGGUCCCGGGGGUGUAGGGGCUGAGGGCCUGACACCCCUGGGAGGCGGUGGAGGCCCCAAACCUCCCGAGGACUUCUCUGGUGUGGAACAAGGUGGUGUCACCAUGGACCCCAUGGAGUCAGUGAUGGAGCCGCUUCAGUUUGACUACAACUCCCAGAUGCAGAUGGACUCUGCACCCACUGUGGGCUUAUUUGAUUACACCAACCAACAGCAGCUGUUUCAGAGAAACAACGCCCUAGCAGUGCAGCAGUUAACAGCAGCCCAGCAACAGCAGUACGCCUUGGCAGCAGCACAGCAGCCUCACAUUGGUCUGGCCCCAGCAUUUGUACCUAAUCCUUACAUCAUCAGUGCUGCUCCACCAGGGACAGACCCCUACGCAGCCGGACUAGCAGCAGCAGCUACACUCGGUCCAGCAGUGAUGCCUCCCCAGUACUAUGGUGUGACCCCCUGGGGGGUCUACCCUGCCAACCUCUUCCAGCAGCAAGCGGCUGCAGCCAACAACUCGGCCAAUCAGCAGGCGGCAAACCAGGGCCAGCAGAACCAACAGCAGGUAAUGCGUGCUGGGGGCAACCAACGACCUUUGACCCCCAGCCAAGGUCAACAGGGUCAGCAGAACGACCAGCUGGUUGCAGCAGCAGCAGUCAACUCAGCCCUUGCUUUUGGGCAGGGGUUAGCAGCAGGAGUCCCUGGCUACCCAGUCCUGGCCCCUGCAGCCUACUAUGAUCAGACAGGAGCCCUUGUGGUCAACACUGGAGCUAGGAGUGGCCCUGUCCGCCUCAUGGCCCCUGCCUCUGUCAUCAUAUCUCCUUCCGCAGCACAAGCAGUUGCAGCAGCAGCAGCCUCCGCCAGUGGCGCCAAUGGUGGUCUAGGCGGUGGGGCCAACGGUCCGUUUCGUGCCAUGACUUCCCAGCAGCCUCAGCAGCAGGGUGGCCCUGGCGGUGCUCUGGGAGGAAGCUCUUUCUACGGAUCCUCCUCCCUCAGCUCCUCCUCCCAGAGCUCCUCUCUUUUCUCACAAGGCUCUGGCCAGCCUGGACCAGGUUCUGCCUCUUUGGGCUUCAGCCAGCCCACCUCCUCCUCCCUCGGUGCCACACUGGGGGCCACACUGGGGGGCUUCGGCACUGCAGUGGCCAACUCCAGUGGUGGCAGCGGUUCCAGGCGGGACUCCCUGACAGGCAACAAUGAGCUGUACAAACGCACGCCCUCCAGCCUCACCCCGAUUGGCCAUGGAGGCUUUUAUAACGGCACCUUGGGCUUUAGUCCUUCCCCUGGCCCUGUGGGCAUGCCCCUACCCAACCAGGGCCCCUCCCAUUCCCUCACACCCCCACCUUCCCUGUCCAAUCACAGCUCCUCGUCCAACCUCAAUCUCGGAGGCCUGACCAAUGGCAGCGGGCGUUUCAUCUCUGCAGCCCCAGGAGCAGAGGCCAAGUACCGCAGUGCCGCCAGCUCAGGCUCCUCCCUCUUUUCACCCAGCAGCCAGCUGUUCCCGUCGUCACGGCUACGCUAUGGCAUGUCAGAUGUGAUGCCUUCAGGCCGUAGCCGCCUGCUGGAGGACUUCAGGAACAACCGCUACCCCAACCUGCAGCUCAGAGACAUCGCUGGCCACAUCAUGGAGUUUAGCCAGGACCAGCACGGCAGCAGGUUUUUGCCCUCUCCACUCACCCUUAUGGCUGCCGAGUCAUCCAGCGCAUUCUCGAACACUGCCUUCCUGAACAGACGCUGCCUAUACUAGAGGAGCUCCAUCAGCACACAGAGCAGCUUGUGCAGGACCAGUAUGGCAACUAUGUUAUCCAGCACGUUUUGGAGCACGGCCGAGCUGAGGAUAAGAGCAAGAUAGUGGCUGAGAUCAGAGGCAAUGUACUGGGACUCAGCCAGCACAAGUUUGCCAGUAAUGUGGUGGAGAAGUGUGUUACCCAUGCGUCGCGGGCAGAACGGGCAGUGCUGAUAGACGAGGUGUGCAGCCUGACUGAGGGCCCCCACAGUGCCUUAUACACCAUGAUGAAGGACCAGUACGCCAAUUAUGUGGUGCAGAAGAUGAUUGACGUGGCCGAGCCCACCCAGCGCAAGAUCGUCAUGCACAAGAUCCGACCCCACAUUUCCACCCUGAGGAAGUAUACGUAUGGAAAACACAUCUUGGCCAAGCUGGAGAAGUACUACAUGAAGAAUGGCGUUGACCUGGGUCCUCUCUGUGGCCCUCCCAAUGGCAUCAUGUAAACCGACCUCCCCCCGACCCCCUCCAGCCUGAAAUCAUGUCUACCACCUGAUCUACCCCUCCCCCUACCCUUCACCUUACCCUCCUAAAGCUGUCAUGUCUACCAGCCCCACCCUCUUGUCCCUGUCCAGUCCUUCAGAAGGCAUAAUGCCCCCCCACCCCACCCCGCCCAGAUCCUACUCACUGAGGACGUUGAGUACCCCUCGUUCACCCGUUUCCACGACAACCCUUCGGGAGGAGCCUGUUGCUACAGGCAGCCUUAGUUUUUGUCAGAUUUUGUUGCCCCUCCCCCACCCGAGCCCAGGCUUUCUGAACUGGGGGAGGAAGGGAGGGGAGGGCAGGGAGUGGAGAGCGGUGAGACCUGUUCCACUCAUCGUUCCACACUCUCCUUUUUUGGUUGUUUUUUUCCUUAAUUUCCUCUUUUCUGAUAAACUCGAAAAAUCAUUUCACUUUUUGCUACUGCUGCACACACAAUCCUAGUGUCCCCUCCCCCUCAUCCCAUCCUAGCUAUUUACCACUAUGAGAUGGAACGAGUAUUUAAUUUGUCUGACGUCACAGAAUCAUAGACGAAUACACACACGCACACACGCACACACACACACGCCAUCAGCUAACCAGCAGACAGAUCAUUUAGCAUGGGAGAUUCGUUUUCUGGUCUUGCUUCUAUAAAUAUAACGUGUAUACUUGGUGUAGACCUUUGCAUAUAUAUAUAAAUAUAUAUAUAAAACUUUGUAGUUUUUCUGGUUUUUGAUGUUGAAUCUGUAUCUAUAAUGUAUCCUAGUAGUGACCACAUACUUCUGACUGUAUAAUUGUACAUUUGUAAACCCUUGUAAUGUAAAAGUGCUUUACCACCCUUUUUGGUAUGAGAAGAAAAAAGAAAAAAGCUCACUCUGAAAAAAAAACAACAAAAAAAUCUUAGAAAAAAACCUGUGCAUUUCAGUGUAUAUUCUCACCUCCUUGGUUGUGACAUAUGAGUUGUUGUAUAUUGUAAAUUGUAAUAUCAAAUUUUUGUUUUGAAAAGCCCUUUCUAUACAGCGUAGUACUUGUACAAAGAUUCGCCACGCUUGGUUUUAUCUUUAUCUUGUCACUGCUUAACUUAAGACGUCGAUCUCCCAUUGACUCCCAAUUGGACACGUUAUGUUAGACUUAGUGGUGUCUUCUGGUUUAUGUUGAAGGUUUUGUUUUUUUGACCUUUUUUUAAGAUCUUUUUAUAGGAAUGCUUUACCCCAAGAAAUGUGUCAUGUGUAUGGGUAUGCUGGCUGGGUGGGAGAAAUACUUUUACUCAUUUAAAACAAAACCCAAAUCCCUUGAUUACCCAUGACUGUUUUCAGAGGGGUAAACCCAUGGAUUGUACAGAGGAGAUUCUUGUGUUUUUUGGCAUUUCUCUAGUGCUGUAAGUGCUGUAUCAUACUGUCUAUGUCCUUUUGGGUGAGAGAGGCAGCCCGCCACAGUGCGGUGUACAUUUGGAGCAGCCUUGUGUAUAUUUACUACGAGCACACCUGUAACCAUAUGUGUAUAGUUAACAGAACCUGUGUAUGCUUAUUGCCUGGGCAACUAUUUUUUGUAACUCCUGUUGUAGAUUGUCUCUAAACAAUUGUGUGAUCUUUAUUUUGAAACCAAACUGAACAAAAAAACUUUGAAAAUUUAA